AAAAGUUCUGAUGAAUUAAAUGCGCCGUAAACCGAAAAAAAUUAGAAGAUAAGUAAAAUGACGAAAUAGGGGAAUCUAUACGACGGUUCUGUUCAAAUCGAAUGCGAAAGAGCUAAGGCUUAUAGUUAGAUAUCAACACUUGAUAGCUUUAACACUAGAAAGAAAAUACUAUGUGGUUGAAGUACAACAUGACAUUUCGUCAAGGAGCUGAAGAGUAUUACCAGAAGUUCAUAGAGCUGCAAGAGAAGCUUCGAAGCAGCGAAGAGGAACGUCUGAAAUUAGAGAUGAAGUUCAACGAAAUGGUUCAAGUUACUAGGGACGAGGAGCAAAUGUAUUAUAGGCGAUUGCGUUCUCAAUACAAACAUUUCUUGGAAGAGAACAGUAGACGACAGGAGAGGAAUGACAGGAUUCUACGUUUGAUGGAGCGCAUCGAAAGUCGUGCUGCGAUUUUGGAAGCCAAGACACGCAGGAUUCAAUUACUUAGGACGCAGUAUCGAGCGAUCCUAGAAAGGAUUUCUAAAGGCGUCGAAGGCGGCAAACCGAAAGUUCAAACUAAAGAUGAUUACAAGGAGGAUAUUUUGAAGAAAUAUUUGGAAAUGCAGAAGCAAAUCCAAUCUUCUCAAAUUGCUGAUCAAAUUAUGCAGUCUAUACAAUCCAGAAAAUCAACGAAAGACUUCAUACCAGAAACAAGUAACAAUCGGGAUAAAUUAGGGUUUCAGAAAUUAAAUAAACUACAAAAUUAUAAUACUACAAAAGCAAUGAAUAAUAAUCGAUUCGAUGAUUUAUUAGACGUAUGUUCCGACCUCAAAAAUCUUCCUAUGGAAAAUGAUAACACUACAGUUUUGAGUAAACAUAUUGAAAAUCUCGAGAAGCAAAAUGAGUUGCCUAAAAUUCCACCUACACUCGAAGCGGAAAACUUAAAGGAAAAAUCAAAUGACAUACAAAUAGAAAAUCCAAUUUGUGAUUUAUCAAAAACCGAUGAAAAAGUUGAAAAAGAAUAUUAUCAAAAUGAUUCAAAUUCUGUUUUCAAUCAGAGCGAUAAGUUAAAUAUUGGUAUUUCUGAAAUAAUUAAUCUCAAUGUUGAAAAUAAUGAAACUGAACUCGAAGAAAAUAAAAAGUUGCAGGAGAAUAUUGAAGUAGUUGAAGCAAUUGAACAAGAUGUGCAAACAUUGAAUGAAGAUAAGACAGUAACUAAAGUUGUUUAUGAAAUUUCCAAAAAUGAGCUUCCACCUACUCAAAUAAUUAGCGAAGAAAAGCAUUUGGAAGAUUUUAAAGAUUCUACAAAUAAAAACGAAGAACAAAUGAAUGGAUCUGAUGUUAUGCAGGGAAUUGAAGAAAAUGUACAAGAAAACAUUGCUUCCGGAAUUAAUGAUGAUGUUAUUGAAGAGUUGGUUGGAUAUAUUGAUAAGAUUGAAACACAAGAAUUGAGGAAUGAAGAAAAUAUUAUGAAAGCACAAAUAAUCUUAGAUAGUGUGAUUAUAGAUAACAAGAAUGAAUUGGACACUGAAGAGAAUCAAAGAGAAAUUAAUGAUAUUAUUGGUGAUGGUGAAGGUACAAUAGUACAAAAAAUUGCAAAUCAUAAUAGUGCAAAAAUUGAUUUGGUUGAGGCUAAAGAAGAGAUUGAAGCAAUUGUAGAUGGAAAUGUUGUAUCUGAAGAUUUAAAUAUUGAAGCUAAAGAAGAGAUUGAAGCAAUUGAAGAUCAAAAUGAAAUGGUUGUAUCUAAAGAUGUUAAAGAAGUCUUAAUGGAAGAAGUUGCUAAAGAUCAAGUAGUGCCGAUUGAGCAAACUGAUUUACUUCAGUCUGAUGAAAACGGUCAAGCUUAUGAUGCAUCUGGAGAGCAAUAUCAGAAUAAUGUCAAUCAAAUAGAAUAUGGAGAAAUUGAAGAUCAAGAUGGAAAGGUUAUUUCUGAAGAUACGAAAGAAUUGUUAAAUGAGGCUGCAGAUCAUAUGCACUCUGAUUUAGUCCAGCCUGAUGUUUUGUAUGACGAAAACGGUCAAGCUUAUGAUGAAUCUGGAAACCAAUAUCAGUACGAUAACAAUUUUGGUAAUUAUGAUCCUAGUCAGGUACAAUACGACGAGAACGGCCAACCCAUGGUUUACGAUGAGAGUGCUUAUUACGAUGAGAAUGGUCAACCCAUUUAUUAUGACGAAAAUGGUCAACGCGUCCAGUACGAUGAGACGAUGCAAUAUGAUGAGAACGGUCAGCCGGUGCAACAAGAAUAUGGAUAUGAGAAUGGAGGUGAUCAGGAGGAAUUCGCGGAAGGUCCAGAGUCAAGUGACAUUCAGAAUGUGAGCGAUGUUGCGAAGGGCGCAGAUUUAGACGAGAAGAAGAGGGUCAAUGUGAUCGAUCUGCUAGAAACGGAUUCGGAGAGCAGCAAGCAAGAGACGAAAGCUUCGAACGGCAGUGAUUUCGACUUCAGUAACGCGUAGACGCUUUUACACCUGUAUCCUUCUUAAUGUUAAUGAAAUAAAUGCGAUUUACCAAUAAUUACGAUUAGAUGUUUUAAUUGAAACCACACCAUUCGUUGCGCAAUGCAUGGGUAGUAAAUCAAUGUUUGAUGCCGCGC